AAUGGAGCGGCGUUUGGAACGGGCCUUACGCUUCUCUCGUGCUCUCCAAACUUCUCGCGUGCAUAGGUAUACACGAUAUACGCAAGCCAAGCAUGAGCCAAUGUUUAAUUUCGAAUAUUUCUUAGUUUAAAAUGUGAUUCUGCAGAUUACUUUGUUUCCCUCGCGUCUAUUACAUGCGGUGGGACGAAGAGAGAAGGAUUUACAAUGGAAUGAACUCCAUGCGAGUUCGUUUGAUCCUGAAUGGUAAUGUGUGCGUAAGAGACAGUACGGUUGAACAAGACGCAUGUAUGCGUAAUAGCGGACCGAGGUAAGAGCAAGCAAAAUUCAUCGUAACUCUUCUAUUACGGUUCAAAACUUUCUUAGAUUUAGACCAACCCUGAACUUGCAAAAAAGAGCGAGACCAAUAUUUCCAAAUACGGAAUCAGAACAACCUGUAGCUAGUUCAAUUUAUUCUAAUCUGAUUUGUGAGCGGUCAUCUAGCUUUGUAGGCAGUAUUGUAAAAUCGUAUCAAUAUUUACCAAAAUGUUAUCAUUGUUGUAUAGCUUAUUAUACAGCCCAUCCCCCUGGGCUUGCUUCAUUCCCUCGGAGUCUUCUUUUCUCUCUUUCCCAUUUUCAAGGUUCGAAUUUGAAUUUAAUUUAUCGUCGUUUAAGUAAUUAUACUUAUUUUGACUUACGCAAGAUGUCCUUGCUUGAGUGGCCAUUCACGCAAUGCUUAUAAACUUAGCCAUGCAUUGAAACCGGCGAGUUAAAGGCAUAUUUACACUUAAUAGAUACUAGUCGUAAUUUUUUGGCCGGCGAAUCUAAGUAUGAAUUAGCAACUGUAUAAAACUGGGGUUUAAUCACUUGUUGAUAUGCACAAUAUUACAUCACUAAGAUGUUAGCGCUAUAAAUAAUUUGAGCGAGAAUUUUCUCGCUAUCUGAACAAUAGCCAACGUUUAUCACUCUAUUCAAUUCAUGAAUCAUUUUAUUGCUAUAUUUAUAGCUACUACGUGGGAGUUCUGGUUUCUACUCUUGAGUUUUCGUAAAAUAAAAGUAAAGAAUCAGUUAAGUGAGACUGUUUUUCAAUCUGAAGGAAUGGCCCGUUGCUUGGGAAUAAUUUUGUUGAUCUUUUUGGUCCGUGUUGCUGAUCUAGAGGCCAAAAUCGCUCAAGCGAAUCAGCCAUUAAGGGCCAAUGGAGAACUGGCUCUUGAGGAGCGAAGCGCUGUUCAAGCGAGAUCCAUUCUCGUUUCCUUCUUGGACAUUCGCGUUCGCAGCGAAGGUUGUGAUGAUCCAGGAAAGGCUGGUGGAUGUGGCAUCGCUUACAUCAUAGUCAAUGGAAAUGAUUACUCCCCUCACAGCAGAGGACAUAAUGUUGUUGUUGUGGACGCUAAAACGGGUACAGUGCUUGGGUCAAAAUGGUUUGACACUUACGGUGUCUCGUCCUCUGGUACCGCCUUGAGAGACUACCUAAACGCCAUAAAUGGAGAUAAAAUCGUUUUGGUGGCCAUUCAAGAUGCAGGAUCAACCUACAUUUCGCCUGCUUUUGGUGCCCUUAAGAGGCUGGGUGCCGUGGAUCCUAUUCUGACAGACUUUCGAGGUUCCUUUUCUCUUAUUGGUUACGCACAACCAAGCAAACCAUCCUGGAUAGCACAAGAACAGCAAAAGAGAUAUGAAGGUCCCAGUGAGAUCUUUUUGCGCAUUCCACUCAUGCAAAGCCGUCAACCACGUAAGAAUCUUCUUAUGUUUGGCUUUUACGUCAUUGGCAGUGAUGGAAGCAGAACUAGCAGAGUUAGCAAGCUGUAGCGAAAGUAAUACAGUGGGAUCCCCUUAUUUCGAAGUUAGUUAUUUCGGACUUACUGGUAUUUCGGACUAAAAAUUCUUUCACUUGGAUUUGCCCUUCUUUCUUUUUUAAUCGGCUCUUUCGAACUCCCGCUAUUUCGAACUAUUUUUCCUUUCCCCUGAGAGUUCGAAAUAGCAACGUUCAACUGUAGUAGCAACAGUAUUGGCAAAAGUAGUAGCAGCAGUAGGGUCAGUAGCAAGGGGUGGUAUUAGUAGUUGGAGGUGCCAGUGUCUUUGCCAAAAGCAGCUUUAGUAAAAUUAAGAAAGUACUGUAAUUAAAGGUAUAUUGUAACGGUGACAUUGGUAUAGGCAGUAGUAGCAGUAGCAGAGUCGGUAUUACUGAAAUGGGAGUGAGAGUGUGUGGUAGUAUUGACAGUAGCAGUAUAUGUAGUAGCAGUGGUUCCGUUAGUAGAAGCAGUAGCAGCGUCACUACUAACGUCAGUAAUAGUAGCAGAAGAAGUAAUUGCGAGAGGAGUAUGAUCGUAAGUUAGUAGCAGCAGUAGCAGUAUGGUGGCCUAACAGUAGAUGUAAAAGGAGUGUGGUUAUAGA